AUGAAGACGAUUCAUCACGAAUGCAUGCUGCCUGCUAGGCCUCGAUGCAUGGACCUUCCGCCCACGGCUGGUGUCUUUGCCAAGAUGAUUUGCAAGUUGCAUCAACUUAUGCUCCCGUGUGAAUGGCAUCAUGGCACGACCUUCUACAUUCGCAGUAGGAAGAACUUGGCAUUGGAGAAGGAGAAGCAGCUGACACAAGCGUACGCUUUCGUAUGGCACCCCUACAGCCCCAUCAAGUUUUAUUGGGAUUGUUCGGAUCCCAGCGAUGCAUUGAUCCUGUUCUCCGACGCCUUUGCAGCAUUGGAUCUAUGCACUAAGUUUAUCACCGGUUAUAAUGACGAAGACAAAAAGGCAGUGGUUCUCAAUCUAGGUGCUAUAGCCAAGCGAUACGCCAGGGGGAGUUUCGUAGCGGACGCCAUAGCCGCUCUCCCCCUACAGAUGUACGAACCCUACGGACCUUGCACGCACACUGCCUGGUUAAUUCUGAAGCUUCCCAGACUGGUGACGUUGAAGGAGAAAUGGAGGAACGCGUAUGAGCAGUUGGAAUUGUCUUAUAUCACGACGGCGGCGACAGGCGUGGUCGUGAGAAUUUUGCUCUUCUUCCACUGGUUGACAUAUAUUCACUAUCAGGUACCCGUCUUCUGCUACCAAGCGAGCCAUCAGACUUAUGUGUGGAGCCAGCGUUCCAAAAGCUUCAACAUAACCAACGACUUCCAGAGGUACACUACUAACUUGUAUUGGGUGGUCGGUUUGUGCAUCGGUGCGGGUUAUUACAGACCAGUUGACGAAUUUAUUCUAUCCGAUCUCGUCCUCACAUCGCUGAUCAGCCUCGCCGGUCUAAUGUUCAUAAUAUUUUCUUUCGCCACCGUCUUUCGCUUGUUUGUAUACGGUUACACGGAUGAGUUUACUUUCAACGGAAAACUGAAAGACGUGAAAGACUACAUGGAGUUGAAGAAACUGCCUAUGCUCUUGCGCAGGAAGAUACUCCUUUUCGUCAACUAUAAAUUCAACGGGUCGUACUUUAACGAGGAAUAUAUCUUGAACACGAUUAAUGAGCAGAUCAAACAAGACAUUAACAUGCACUGCUGCAAGGCUCUCGUCUCCAAGAUACCCAUGUUCCAGGAUAUGCCGGUCGCGUUUGUCAACACCAUUGUGUUUAGCUUGGUGGAGGUCAUGUUUAUGCCUGGAGAGGUUGUCGUUUCACAGGGCGAACCAAUAGACUGUCUAUAUAUAAUAGCAUCGGGCUCAGUAACUGUCCUGGAUAUAAAUGGCAGAGAAAUUACACACCUCCGAGACGGGGCCCACUUUGGCGACGACGCCCUCUUUGAACCAACUCAAAUACGCAAGACCACUAUAAUCGCGUUAGAAAUUACCGAAGCAUAUAAAUUAAGCAACGAAGCGUUUCGCGGAUGCGUGCGUCCAUAUCCGCACAUCGACGCUCGCGUGCGCCGUUCCGUUCAGUUUAGCGACUCGAAGCUGCGCUUACGCCGAAUGACUAUAGACUAG